AACAUGUAGUUUGGUCAGUUCUCGAAGAUUUAAUUUGAGAAUAAGUUUAUAUUUUUUGGAAAAAAGAAGCAAAGAAAGCAGAUACUGAUCAAAACGCAGAGGCAUCCGGCUCGUAAGUUUUAUUUGAAUUUAGCCAAACCAAAAACCAAGCAUACAAAGCUAUUAUUAAAGCUGAAAAGCAAAUAGGCAAGCGCAAGAGUUUAUUAUCGUGAAAGGCACUGAGCGAACACUUAAUAAACCAUCAUUUUAGCGCUUUGCACAGGAACUCACUUGGUUUUGAGUUUCUGAACACAUUUUCCUUUUCAUUAGCGCGGCAAUUGUGAGAUCAGCGUACGCCAGACAAACCAAAAGUCGACUUAUAGCCUAUAUAGACAUAGCUAUUGUCGAAUUGUCCUUUGGUACACUGCCCGCAAUUCUGUCGUCGUCUAAUACGAAUUACCAUUGUAGAGGGUGUCUUUUGUUUGUUUCCCGUUUGCCAAUCGUUGAAAGAAUUGCAUUAAGGUCACUGAACUGCUGGCGUUACUGAAAACCAGCCAGAGUUUUUCGAAAAGCAAAAUCUCUGAGUUCUGCGACCGGUGUGUGCAGCACAAGUAGCAAACAGAUUAGUUUUAUUUUCGGUGGCGUUUCGAUAGAGAGUUCCAGUGGUCUUUUUUGGACUCCCUGAAGCGCAAGUUGAUGACCAACACGGAUCUUGAGCGAAAGAUUGAGAGUUUCUUCGUACAAACUCGUUGAUAUCGGCCCAAUUGGGAAGUCUGAGAUCCGCGUUUAGCUGAAAAUAAAAGCAAACAAAAUUUGCCAAGGACUGCGAGAACGAAAGGACGAAUUCCGCUCCUUUCCACUUCUCCUCCUUGCGAUUUUAUCUGGGCCUAGUUUUCUUUUUGCACUUUCCCGACACUUUUUGCCAGCAAAGAGUGUUGUUUGUUUAAAUUACAACCUUGAAAACCACAACAGGUACUAGGCCAGCCCUCACAAUGUCUGUCCCUGUACGCUACUCCUCUGCUGCCGCCGAAUACGCCGCCGAAGUUGAUUGUGAGUUGGAGAGCACUCUGCAACAGCAGCAACAGUUGCACUUGCAACAGCAAUACGAGCAAUACCAGCAAUACCAGCAGUACCAGUACCAACGGGAGCAGGAUAUCGCCUACUAUUGCCAGUUGCAGGCGGCGCGGCAGCAGGAGCAGUUGAUGCAGCAGAGGACAUCGAUGUCGUCGUCGGUUAUGCCAGGCCUAAACUUGCCCCAGGAUCACCAGGACCACCCAGCCGCCCUUUUGAACGGACCCCACAACAACAACAUCGGACUCGCCAUGGACGCCCACAGCAUCAACGCCAUUCUGGUCGACGACGAGCAGCCCUCGACUUCGGCCCAGGCUGCCGCCGCUGCUGCCGCAUCCGCGUGUGGAUCUGCUGCUGGACCGGGACCGGGACUGGGAUCGGGAUCGGGAUUGGGUGGUGCCAUCGGUGGGGGCAAGCUGGCCAACGGCAUUAACCGCAAUGCAGAGAUGCCAACUGAUUGGAUGAGGAUUGCGGACGAGGGCCGGUAUGGGACACCGGGUGCUGCUGGCUUGGAGUAUCAGAAGUACGAACAACAACAACAACUCGAGGAUCUGGCGGAGGCCGAGGCAGGAGCCGUCGGUGGAGCCAGCAACAACAACGGCGAGUCGUCUUCGUCCUUAAAAAAGCUGGAGGAUCAGUUGCACGCCCUCACCUCGGACGAGUUGUACGAAACCCUCAAGGAGUACGACGUCCUGCAGGACAAGUUCCACACGGUGCUGCUGUUGCCCAAGGAAUCGAGGCGUGAGGUUACUGCCGGAGGUCGAGAUGGAUCCGCUUACGUGCUGCGCUGCCUAAAGAUGUGGUACGAGCUUCCCUCCGACGUCCUGUUUUCGGCCAUGAGCCUGGUGGACCGCUUCCUGGAUCGCAUGGCUGUCAAGCCGAAGCACAUGGCCUGUAUGAGCGUGGCCUCGUUCCACUUGGCCAUCAAGCAGCUGGACUUGAAGCCCAUUCCCGCCGAGGAUCUGGUUACAAUAUCUCAGUGUGGUUGUACCGCUGGUGAUCUGGAACGCAUGGCCGGCGUGAUUGCCAACAAGCUGGGCGUCCAGAUGGGACAUGCACCGAUCACUUCUGUGAGCUACCUGCGCAUCUACUACGCCCUCUUCCGCAACUUGGCGAAGGAGAUCGGCGGCGACUUCUUCAAGUUCUACCAGCAGCUCAUCAAGCUGGAGGAACUGGAGAACCGCCUGGAGAUCCUGAUGUGCGACGUGAAGACCACGGUGAUUACGCCCUCGACGCUGGCGCUGGUGCUCAUCUGCCUGCACCUGGACUUCCACAUCAAGGAGUCGUACACCCGCGGCAGUCCGGAGCUCAAGCACGUCUUCGAGUACAUUCUCUUCCUGCAGCAGUACAUGAGGAUUCCUGAUCGCGUUUUCACCUGCGGCUUCAGCAUCGUUUCGGGCAUUCUGUCUCACUACAACGGACAGAACAAGGCGCCCUACAAGCAGCGGCUAGUCUGGAAGCUGUCCAGUCGCACGCUGCGCGUCUUGCGCCCGAUCAACCGCUUCUCCUCCGACCUGCCCACCAUUGAGGAAGGCAUCCCCAAUGCCCUCGACGAUGGCCUGCGUUCUAGAACCGAGAGUAUUAGCUCCGAGGAGGAGGAGGACUGGCCCACUUCACCCAUAAUUCCAAUUUUCGAACAAUGUUAGUAUCCAGCGACAGCCAGCAGCAGUAGAGCAGCAGGGUCAACAGCUGGACAACUGGAGCAGCGGACUAAAGAACCAUCAACCAGACGCGAUCGCGGCACACCAGCCUCCAGGAGAUCAGGCACUAGACAUAUCCCCAUCAGCAGCAGGAGGACGGAAGUCUCCGAAGAGGAUGUGUGCCCGUGAGAGCGUUCCGCGUGCAAGUGUAGUAGUGCUGGUUGAGGUAGAGUGUGUAUAUUUUGCUAAAGUGCAUCAUAAUUCUUUUGGCAUACACACAAAUGUGUAUUUGGUAGCGCUGGUUCUAACAUUUAAGAAACUAUUGAGAUACGGAAAUGUGGGCGGCAAGGUGACGCAGUCACGCCCUUUCCCUUUUGAAAAAGUUACCCGAGAGUAGCGCCCCCACAUUUUUUCGAUUUAUUUGCGGCAGACAAAAAAAUACGUGAAAAAAAAAACAAAAGCAAAAAAAAAUUUAAAAAAAAAUUAAAACGAAUGCUGCGGACCAUCAUACAAAAGAUUGAUGCCGUUCCGGAUCAUUAUUCGAGAUCAGUGAGAGAGAGAAUACGAUUUGAGAAUUGCGAGCCCACGCCGAAAUCCCGAACAUCUGGAAUGGGACAGCAGUUUUUUGUUGGUUGCGCUUGAAACCGUCAAAAAAAAAUUCAAAAACCAUAAAGAAAAACCUCCAACAAAAAGAAAAUCCUUUCUACAGACCCCCUAAAUAAGUUGUCAGUCUAUGUUCUCUGUGUUUGUCCCGCUCUUAUCAGUUAAUGUAAAAGCCCCGAAUCAAUGGACCCAAAAAACCCUAAAAACACCAACAAAAAUCAUAAAAUCUAAAAAAAAGUACAAAAGUUCUUUAUGUAUAGACCGACCUAAAAGAUAAGCUAACAACAAACAAAAAAAAAAACACAAAAACAAAAACAAGGUCAGAUCAGAUUAAUCAGUAAUUUUAGCCGCGCUCAAACAAUAUGAGAAAGCCCAUAGAAAAACUAAAGUAUAAUUCGCCGCCUGUAUUGACUAAGAACUUAAACAAUAAUAUAACAUUAAACAAAGGUACGAUGAAGCCACAAUAUGUAGUGUAUGUCUAGUAGAUUUUUCUCUGUAUAACAAAAUCGAAAACCAAACAAAAGCGAACUCAAUUUCCGCCCUAGAAAAUCAAACGAAGCUAAGUAAAUUUGUUAUUUCUACUCAAUUGUUUAUCUAUGACUCGAACGAUCAAUCAUUCAAUCAACUGCAAGGCAUUGAAAUUUAGUUCGAGUACCACGGUGAUCCUCUUUUUUAUAUUAUACCUUCACUUAUAGUGCACAUGCUAAAUCUAAAUCUUCUUUUUUGUUAUAUAAUAUUACUUAACUUAUUAAACGAAAUGUAAACUGAAAUCCAUUCUUAUGUUCUACCACGUACGAAACUACCCAUUAAACCCUAGUUUAAAGCAAACCAGCGUUGAGACAAAGCCAAAAUUCAAUUCAAAUUGAAGCGCGGCAAAUUAGAAAUCAGAAUCAGAAAUUAUGAUGCAACAUUUAGCAAGAUGUACCGAGAGAGAGAGAGAGAGAGAGGGUCGAGCGAAGAGUUUUAGAGAGCAUAGGCAAACUAACGCAGAGCAUAAAAGCAAUUGAAAUUUCGCGAAUUCAGAACACUUUCUUUUUAAUCCACUUGGCAGCGGAAUGUGCAAACUCCUGUCUGUAAAUUUGAAUAAAAUGCGUUUGCCCCCGCCACAGGGGCAUUCAGAUUUCACGAAUA